UGUGUGUGCCUUGGGAGAGUCUGUCAACCUGUCUGUGCCCCUGGCGCUCCCAGAGUGUGGGCCGCCCGUCCGCGGCGUUCUCUGUGCCGAUGAGGGCGUCGUCGAAGCAGCAGUUUUUUGCGCUUCACAUUCCGAAGGCUGCAGGCGAUGGGGGACCAAACGACCGCGCAAGCCGAAACUUUUCAAGAUCCGCGCAGGUCUCUCGGGUCGGCGCUGGACCCCCCCCCUCACUGCGCACCUUGGGUGGAGCCUCCCGCGCCGUCUCCGCCGCGCCCCUCGCGCUGUAUGGUAGACGUGCGGGGACGUUGGCCCAGCGCCGACCCGAGGGAUUUCUGCGGAUUGCGGAACCCAGACCUCCGAAGGAUGUUUUUUCGUUGAAGAUCUGGCGUUUUUCCCGUGUUCCAGCCUCGGGGCACCGUUUACGGCCCCAGGGACAGGCAAACAUAGGUUUCGGCCGAAAGAGGAAGGUGUCGAAUUCCCUGGAGCCCACGGAUUUACAAGUUCACAUCGUUGGAUGUCUGGAGAACAUUCCUGUAUGCGCAGUCUUUUGUUCCCAGGCACCUCCUGGGCGGACCAGGUCAACCAGAUCCUGGGACCUCGGUUCGUCUCGUCCGAGGGGUGCUACAGCUGGUCGGAGGCCCUGGGAAUCGAGAAGACCAUCGUCAUGCUACGGAGGCCGUCGGACCACGUCCUGUCGAUCGGAUUAUCACUGUGCAAGUUCGCGCUGGCCACCAAAAGAAGUGAAGGAGAUGCUGCCCACAACGUUUGGGGCGUGGGUGCAAAAUUGGACUGA